AUGGUCGACUUCCUCUUCAGCAAAGAUAACCUGCCAAAGCAGCUGAUUAUCAACAACGAGUAUGUCAACUCGAAAAGCGACAGGAAGCUCUCGGUCAGAAAUCCCAAGAAUGGAGAGCUCGUUGCAGACGAUGUGCCCAUAGCAGGGGAGCAGGAUCUUGACGCUGCGGUUACCGCCGCUGAGAAAGCCUUUCCAGCAUGGAAGGCAACUCUGCCCAGCAAGAGACGUGAUAUGCUCAACAAGCUUGCCGAUCUGAUCGAUGAGCAUGGCAAAGCACUGGGCGAGCUGACCAGAAUCACUCUGGGUGCACCGUGGGGCAGUUUCGGACUCUUCGAGGUCAGUCUAUGUGCAGAGACUUUGCGGUACAAUGCUGGAUGGACAGACAAGUUCGCAGGCGAGUCCUACCCGCAGGAAGACGGCUUCCUCAAGAUCGUUCGUAACGAACCAUUGGGUGUGACAGCUGGCAUCAUUCCUUGGAACGGCCCCAUCGGUAAUGUUGGCCUGAAGGCAGGUCCUGCUUUGGCGACUGGAAACUGCUUCAUCUUGAAGCCUUCGGAGAAGACGCCGUUCGCAGCUCUGGCAUUGCUUCCACUCAUCAAGGAAGCUGGCUUUCCACCGGGAGUGUUUCAAAUCUUGUCUGGGGAUGGUACUACUGGUGCACUGCUUGCCAGCCACAUGCGAGUGCGUAAGGUGUCUUUCACUGGCUCGAUCCCUACAGGCAAGAAGAUUCAGGAAAUGGCCGCUAAAUCCAACUUGAAGCGUGUUACUCUUGAGUUGGGAGGCAAAUCUCCUGCCGUGGUGUUCAACGACUGUAAUCUGGACAAUGCCGUUACAUGGACUGUGAAUGCCAUCACGGGUCACUCUGGCCAAGUCUGCUUCGCCGCUUCACGAGUAUACGUGCAAGAAGGCAUCUACGAUAAAUUCAUCGAGAAGUACAAAGAAGCUUUCGAAGAGCGCACGAAAGCACUAGGUGACCCUGACUCCGAGUCGACCCUCAUGGGACCACUGGUCGACGAAGCUCAGUUCAAGCGCGUGACCGGCUUCAUCGAGCGUGGCAAGUCUUACGAAGCAGGCACACUCCUCACCGGUGGAGCUCGUGUUGGCGACAAAGGAUACUUCAUCGAGCCUACCAUCUUCACCAACGUCAAGCCAGACGCCGAGAUCCAUACGGAUGAGAUCUUCGGCCCUGUGUCUGUAGUGCGUACAUUCAAGACUGACGAGGAAGUCCUCAAGAUCAGCAAUGAUAGCGAGUACGGGCUCAUGGCUGGGGUGUUCACGCAGGAUAUCAACAAGGCUAUGCGCGUUGCGAGUGCUUUUGAUUCUGGGAUGGUGGGCAUCAAUUGCAUUUCGUUGAUGAUGACGCAGGCGCCCUUUGGAGGCUCGAAGCAGAGUGGUGUUGGGAGAGAGGCGGGUGUUCAUGCUUUGAGGGCGUUUACGGAUCCGAAGACGAUUAUGGUGAAUAUGACGUACUAG